AUGUUUUGGCCCACCCUGUUGAGGGGCUUCAGCUCCCGCCAGAGCAGUUCGUCCGGUUCCAGUAAGCCACCAAAGCCCCCGACGCCUCCAUCGCCUCCUCCACCUUCUAAGACGCCUCCUGCUCCUGCUGGUAAAAAAGAAUGCAAGAUCCGGACGCACUGCAUUCCGGCCGCCUUCUGCGCCGAGUCGGAUAGGUUCAAGUCCAUGUGGGAUCCGCCCAAGAACCUGCCGCCGCCGUAUCCCUUUGUGGUCCAACGAUCCAACGAUCUGUGCUGCGAGCCCAACUGCACCAAGCCGCUGCCCUCGUUCGACGAGUUGUACUACCGACCCUCUUGCAAGGACGGUCCCUUCCAGCGCCACUGGGUGGAGUGUCCCAAGUUCAUGAUCCGCCAGAAGAAGAUCUGCGCCUACGACAAGCUGGAGGCUCUCGAUCCCGCUCGUCGGGUGGCCAAGAGGCGCGAACGGACGGCCCUCAGCCCGCUGGCCAAAGGACCCUGUCCGAUUUUCGCUCCCUUGGCGCGUUGCGUUCCCGGACGUCGUCCGCCCAGAUGCCAUGCGGCCAAGACGCCCUCCUGCUGCCGCAAGCUCUGCGCCCCGAUGCCCUGUUGGUCCGAGUGCAAGCAGCCCGAGUUGGCCAAGCGACCGCAUCGCCCCCGCGAAUGCGAGUGCCGAUUCCCCCUCAGCCUCUGUGAGGCGGAGCGGGGUCGUCAGUGGGUCAAGAUCCACGGCGAGAAUCACGUCUGUCCCAGUGCCAUCAGGAAGGCCAAGAAGGCGAGGAAGGACAAGCUCAAGAAGGAGAAGAACCAGAAAAAGAAGGGAAAGAAGGGCUCGAAGGACAAGACUAAGAAAUAA